AUGAAUAUAAAAGAAUCCAGGAAGCAUCUUUUGUCACAACUCUUAGAUAUGGGCUAUCCUCAGCCUAAAGCUGUGCAGGCAGCAAAUAAAUACACUGAUAUAAACGAUGCAAUUUUGUACUUGACUUCAGAAGAGCCUCAAGAUUCCAAAGCGUCGUCUCACAAAGGCUCUUUAAAAAUCCCCAAAGAUGCAAAUGACCAUGAACGAUCGCAUUCCUCAAAAGCAGCUCACGAUAUUGAUGAAAAUAAAGAGCAAUUAGAAAGAACAAUGAGAAAAUCAGCAAGCCAGUUAGCUGCAAUGAAUUCCAAAAGUAUAAAGAAAGCCGCAAAAGCCACGAGAAAAGAAAUAAGGAAAAAAUUCAGAUCUGUUUAUGCAGAAAUCAAGAAAAAUCUUGAUAUUUUAUCAAAAACCAAAAAGGAAUUGCGGAAAAAAAUAAAGAAAUUGAAAGAAGAAGGCCAUGAAAAAACCGCAAGAAAAACAAAAAGGAAGCUUUCAAACGUCAAAGAUAAGAUAGGGAAUUUAGAUACUAAAGUUGAUGAUUUAUAUUUGUUAAACGGAGAGUUUACAGAGAUGAAAAAGUCUAACACACUUAGUUCUUAGUUAUAUUCAGAAGCUCUCUGUGAUACCCGUCUUGCUUAACCUGGGUUCCAUGCUACCGUCUUUCCAAGUAUCGCUCCUCUCCUUAGGCUGCGCCAGAUCGGAGAGUGUUGUGGGAUAGGCCACCAUGCUGCAUAUCUAGUAAGGUUGCCCUUAAAAAAUCUGAAAAAUUAAUUUUCCGGUCAGGUUGUUGGCCAAAUAGAUCUCGUAGUCUAGGGUAACGCACCCCAGCUACAGACCCCAAGAAGCUAAUGCAUUUGAAAAAGUCUAAUCCAAAAGAUAUCACAGAGGAAUAUUUUUUUGGACUACUAGAAGAUAUUGAAAAUAAUGUUUGGUUUGAUGAGGAGCUGAAUUCUAUGCUGUCUAAAAUGAAUAUUAGCAUUCUCCUUAUCCUAUUUUCAUAUUUUUUAUAAUGAAAACGAUUAUCAGCAGAAAGCUUUAUUCAUUAUAAAUUGAUAUAUCAUAAACGACUGUGGAAUUUUUGAAGCACGAAGAGUAGAAACCAGCUUUGAAAACACAGAUAUAAAAAUUAUAUAUGAAAUCGAAACCGAAGAAGAUGAGACUGAAAAAAUUGCUGUUGAGCAAGCAGUCCCUGAAAUCCCUCAGGAUUCCCCUCAUAGGCACAAAUCUAAAAUAAAUCCGUUAUCUGAAACAAGGUCUAUAAUUCAACAAAAAAUCCAAGGUUUAGGCUUAAGUCAGGAGUACGCACAUAUUUUAAAUAUGCAUCAAACCUUUGAAGAAUCUUAUUUAGGGCUAAUUCAAGUAAUAUCUAAAAGAAGGAUGAAAAAUCAUCCGAAUCAGCUCUCCAUUUGUAGAUCAAGAGAAAUUGGCACGAAAACAAUUUUUCUGCAAAAGCCAAAACAAGUUUUGAGCCCAUAUCAGUCUAUACAAAGACUAGAUCCCUUUAAGCCAAACCAAGGGCUUUUCAGCAAACUUUUUGCAUCAAUAAACCCAAAGACAGGGUUUAUAGCGACUAUUCAGGGCAAAAAGAGUGUAGAAGAAAUUAAAGAAGAUCCAACAGAAAUACUAAGCCCAGAUAUUGAAGAAAAUCUUAGUGAUUUUGACGAAUACGAAGAAGUCCCCGACGACAUAGAUGAAGGAGAUGUGUCCAGGCAUUCUCCUACAAAUGAAGGCAUUAUUGAUAUUUUAAUAGAGGCUUAUAGAGCCAAAGGGGUUUCAGUAGAAGCUAUAGAUAGUUUACCAUACUACACCUUAGAAAACGAAGAGGCACUUCCAUAUACUACAUGCAUAAUUUGUUUAGAAGAAUUCAUCAGAGGAGACAUUCUCAUGGUGAUGACUUGUGAGCAUUUCUAUCAUUCAAGCUGCUUGAAAAAAUGGUUACAAGGAAGCAAAAAAUGCCCGCUUUGCAAUGCUGAUGUACAGUAA